AUGGGUUUAUUUAGCACACAGCAACAACAGGACGACGAAAACACACCUAAAUUGCCACCACCAAGAGCAGAACGUAAACUAUGUUGGGAUAAACGUGAUCAAUUCUUUAAAUGUUUAGAAGUUAAUAAUAUUAAUGAUUCAUUAAAAGAAUUAGAUUCAGUUAAUAAGAAUUGUUCAAUUGAAAAGCAACAAUUUGAAUCAUCAUGUGUUAAAAGUUGGAUAACUUAUUUUCAAGAAAAGAGAACUAAUGAUUUAAUAAGACAAAAAUAUAUUGAAAAAUUAGAAUCAGAAGGGGCAAAACCUUUAACAUUUAAAUUAGAACCAACUACAAGUGAUAGAUAG